AUGUGUACAGAGGCCCAAGUGCCGGAGGGGAAGCUGUGUUACGUCCUGGAUGGGAUUCUCUUGUCCUACGGCAUCGUUCUCACCUUCUUGUACUUCAGACUGAGGGUAAGGUUUUAUAAACGUCCUAUAACACAUAAAACAUCACAACAUACACAAAACGUGACCAAAGGUAUGUGGACGCCUCGUCGAACAUCUUAUUCCAAAAUCAUGGGCAUUAAUAUGGAGUUGGUCCCCCCUUUGCUGAUAUAACAGCCUCCACUCUUUUGGGAAGGCUUUCCACUAGAUGUUAGAACAUUGCUGCAGGGACUUGCUUCCAUUCAGCCACAAGCAUUACUGAGGUUGGGCACAGAAUUUGGGCGAUUAGGCCUGGCUCACAGUCGGCGUUCCAAUUCAUCGCAAAGGUGUUCGAUGGGGUUAAGGUCAGGGCUCUGUGCAGGCAAGUCAAGUUCUUCCACUGAUCUCAAACUAUUUCUGUAUGGACCUCCCUUUGUGCAGGGGGGCAUUGUCAUGCUGAAACAGGAAAAGGCCUUCCCCAAACUGUUGCCACAAAGUUGGAAGCACAGAAUCGUGUAUGCUGUAGCGUUAAGAUUUCCCUUCACUGGAACUAAGGGGCCAAGCCCGAACCAUGAAAAACAGCCCCAGACCAUUAUUCCUCCUUCACCAAACUUUACAGUUGGCACUAUGCAUUGGGGCAGGUAGUGUUCUCCUGGCAUCCGCCAAACCCAGAUUUGUCCGUCGGACUGCCAGAUGGUGAAGCGUAAUUCAUCACUCCAAUGAACGAGUUUCCACUGCUCCAGAGUCCAAUGGCGGCAAGCUUUACACCACUGCAGCCAACGCUUGGCAUUGUGCAUGGUUGUGAUAGGCUUGUGUGCGGCUGCUCGGCCAUGGAAACACAUUUCAUGAAGCUCCCGACAAACAGUUAUUGUGCUGACUCAGUAGUGAGUGUUGCAACCGAGGACAUCAUUUUUACGUGCUUCAGCACUCGGCGGUUCUGUUCUGUGAGCUUGUUUGGCCUACCACUUCGCGGCUGAGCCGUUGUUGCUCCUAGACGUUUCCACUUCACAAUAAAUGCACUUACAGUUUACGGGGGCAGCUCUAGCAGGGCAGAAAUCUGACGAACUGACUUGUUGUAAAGGUGGCAUCCUAUGACAGUGCCGCAUUUAAAGUCACUGAGCUCGUCAGUAAGGCCAUUCUACGGCCAAUAUUUGUUCAUGGAGAUUGCAUGGCUGUGUGCUCGAUUUUAACGGGUGUGGCUGAAAUGGCCGAAUCCACAUACUUUUGUGUGUAUAUAGUGUAUGAUACAUCAGGGUGUGCAGUGCACACAUAUCUCCAUGACCAUUUAGUUACGACAUUCAUACUUUAAAACUGUCUUUAUAUUUCAACAAUAAUGGCACAUUCAAAACAUCCAAUCUAACUUCCUCACAUCCAAUUGAAAACUAGCUCCCACAUAAAUAGAAUACAUUUCACAUUCACACAGCUGUUUAGUUAAAAUUAUAUUUAUCAUGUUCCUCAGAUGACUCCAAUCUACAGAAACACUGAUGGAUAUCCACAGGGCACUGGCGGAUAUUCACAGGUAAAAUAACAAUUUUGUGCCCGUGUUUAAGAGGGAGAGAAAGAAAAAGCAAGAGAGAAUGUAAAUGUGUAUUGAGCAUGUAGAAAUGACGCAAUACUCUCAAUAUUCAACUCUGAAUGAUUUUCUAAUUUAGCUGGCGAAAUUAUUAUCCUGCUUAUCCUUCAUGAAUUCAAGUCCUAUACUGUCUUACCAUGUCAUCUCAAGACCCACAGUUCUGCUUUUCCUCCCCCAGCAACUGUCAUAAUUUCCUGUUAACAAGAACUGACCACCAAGCCUGUUACUUAUAAACACAGUUUCCAUUACUGUCAGACUAAAACACAACCCCAUAUCCUGUUACACAGAAAUAACUGUGUAGAUAGAUUGUGAUAAAAAUCAAAUCAAAUUACAGUAAAAGCUAAGAGUAGCAUAAGCCUUAUAUGUUGGCAUCACUCUGUCUGCAGUCUUUACACCAAUUCCUGCCUUUGCAGUUAAAAAUAAGUAGAGGAGAAAAUGAGAAGUAGGGAAGGAGAAAUGCAUAUCGAUGCCCUUUAGUUCUGUCUGCGUCUGCUAAACAACUCAUUUAUGUGAACUGUUGGGAAAUCAUGUUAAAAUAAAUGGUGUGUGCGUGUGCCUUCAGCAGAUAACAGUUCUCAAUUUCCAUUUUACAGAAAGGAGAGGGACUUUACGCAGUAAGAUCAAUUUUCUUAUUCUUAUAAUGACAUAUCAUUAAUGAAACAAACAACAUUGCAGUUUUCAGGAUUUCAAGUUGUUUUCAAGACACUCACUCUUCUUCCUCUCACAGGGUUUGACCCAUAAAGGUCAGGACACUUAUGAGACCAUCAAAGUGCAGAAGACAGCUGUGCUGGUGUGAUAGAGGAAGAACAGUAAAGCGAGUUGUGGUAAACAACAAACCCUGUCUAACAUGGCAUUUAAAUUAGUUUAAAUCUACAUGACUGCUUUCCAAAACAUCAGGCUUCGGUUGGGCCAGUAGUGUUGGUGGCUGUUGACUGUAGGGCAGUGUUCAAAAUGCAUUUUUAUUAUUCUGUAUACCAGCCUUUCACUUCAUAAAAUGAACGAUCAAUUCUCCUGUCAUUUAAAACUGUGAUUAAAUGAUUCGACAACAACUUUAAAUCAUGGUUCCAUGUUUUCUAUUAAAGUUUAGUCAACAUUGUAUGCUAAUGAUACUACCAUAGGCUAACAAACAGUGCAUUUUAUUUCUACAUAUUUUAUAUAAUUGAUAUGAAAUAUUUAUCUUAACACAUUUUCAGCAUGUUUAUUAGGAUGGGUGUUCUACUUCUGUGUUACCGUUGGAAGGACCCAACACAAGCUCAACAACCUGACUGCACAGAGUCCGACUGACUUCCUGUCUUUACUCAUAAAAUGCUCAUAAAGGUUUUGCAUCUGUGUGAUUCAAUAUAGG